AAUUUCCCAGCUGCCUGCCGUGCACUCCAGGGGACUAAGUGUGUUCCUGCUAUUCUGGCUCUGGGCUUGGUUCCAGUUGUUGUUUCCAUAGAGAAUCCUCUAAGCUCCUCCUCAGCGUCCCAGCCCCUGGGAGAACAGGCCUCUGUUCUUCUAGGCUGGAGGGAGAAAGCAAGACACCAGAGCUGCCCCAGCCACAGCUCCAGCUAAGCACUGAGUGCCUGCCACCUGUCCGCCUCUGCCUGGAAGCUCAGCCUCAGCCAGGAGUGACCUGAAGGAGGAGAGGCCUAGGAUCUGCAUUGCUGGGAAGGACGUCACAGAGAGAGAGGUGCAGAAGUGGGUGCCCUGCCCUGGAAUAAACAGCAUUCCUUUGCAGGUGUUUUGGGGAACCUCAGCAUCUCAGGACCGCCAAGAGGCAGGCUCAGAGCCUGACUGCCCUGGGAGGAAAGGGGCUGUUUGGCCAAGGAGCCAGCGAUCUCUGAAGGUGGCCAGGCUCUGGUGCAGCACUCAGCCAUGCUCCGCUGGAGACCAGCCCUGGGCCUGGGGCUCUGCCUGCUGGCCGGCACAAGCCUCUGGGCCCUGUGGGCCUAUGUCAGGAACUGGCCGCCCGUCUCCUAUGUGCCCUACUACCUCCCCUGCCCAGAGAUCUUCAACCUGAAGCUGCAGCACAAGGGGGAGGAGCCCCUCCAGCCGGUGGCACAGCCUCUGUACCCUCAGCCCAAGCUGCUGGAGCAGAGGAGGCUGGAGGAGCAGAUGAUACCAGCCCACGGAGUCUCACCUGGCUCCUCUAGACGUGCCCCAUGCUGGUGCCAGCUCCGGUCCUCCCUGUCCUGCUGUGAGGUAGCUGGUGCCACCCCACUUUCCACAUGGGGAACCCGAGACCCAGAGGCAGGCACGGGGUUGCCCCCAGUAACACAGCACAAGAGGCGGGUCAGGACGUGGCCAAGGCUUCCACCCAGGGAGGCCCUCAGCACUGGCACCUCCCCUGCCACCAGGCCCACGGAGCUGUUGACACUCACGCCCUGGUUGGCACCCAUUAUCUCCGAGGGAACCUUCAACCCAGAGUUGCUACAGCUCAUCUACCAGCCGCUGAACCUGACCAUCGGAGUCACCGUGUUUGCCGUGGGGAAGUACACCCUCUUUGUCCAGCACUUCCUGGACUCGGCCGAGGAGUUCUUCAUGCGUGGCUACCGCGUGCACUACUACAUCUUCACCCACGACCCUGCAGCCAUUCCCAGGGUCCCGCUGGGCGCUGGCCGGCUGCUCAGCAUCAUCCCCGUCAGGCGUCACUCUCACUGGGAGGAGAUUUCCACACGCCGGAUGGAGACCAUCAGCCUGCACAUAGCCAAGAGGGCACACCGGGAGGUAGACUACCUCUUCUGCCUUGAUGUGGACAUGGUGUUCAGGAACCUGUGGGGUCCUGAGACCUUGGGGGAACUUGUGGCUGCCAUUCACCCUGGCUACUUCACUGCCUCCCGCCAGCAGUUCCCCUACGAGCGGAGGAGAGCCUCCACUGCCUUUGUGGCCGACAGCGAGGGGGACUUCUAUUAUGGUGGGGCAGUCUUUGGGGGACGAGUGGCCAGUGUAUAUGAAUUUACCAGGGUCUGCCAUAUGGCCAUCCUGACAGACAAAGCCAAUGGCAUCAUGGCCAUCUGGCAAGAGGAGAGCCACCUGAACCGCCACUUUAUCUCACACAAGCCAUCCAAGGUGCUGUCCCCGGAGUACCUCUGGGAUGACAGGAAGCCCCAGCCGCCCAGCCUAAAGCUGAUCCGCUUUUCUACAGUCAACAAGGAUACCAGCUGGUUGAGGAGCUGACAGCAGAGCUGAGGCCACCAUGAAUGGGGACCCAAAGCCCUGCAGCCACCUGCCCCUGUCCAAGCUUUAGAUGGGAAGCAGGCCUGUCCUGCCUACCUCCAGCUACCAGGAGAUUCCAGCUGGGAAAGGGGUGAGGGAGGCGCACCCCUGAUGGUGCAGUGGUCUGGCACAGGGAUCGCGGGAGGGGAAGAGGAAGCGGUUAGAGAGAUGGGGCCCGCAGUUUGCCUCAUCCAGCGGGUGCACCUUCAGACAGACAGGCCCUGGCGUCUCCACCCCCCUGGCGUCUCUGCCCCCUUGAGGGCCUGAAAUCCUGCCAGGUCCCCCGAGGUGCAUAUGGCCCUUCAAGUUGCAAUUUAACACCACUGUGUGAAAGGCACAUGGACCCCUCUCUCUGGCUGCCUGGGUAUCAUGAUGUCCCCUCAGCCAUAUGCAGCCAGUUCCUCAUUUGGGACCCUCGGAAAUGGACCUGGUCUAGGCUCCCUCUGGGUUCCUGCAGACAUUGGGGAGCCACUCUCACGGAGUAGCCGCGGCCUCUGUAAUAGUUUUCAAUAAAGGGGGCACAUUGCUUGGCCCUAACCAGAGUUA